AUCAAUAAAGAAAGAAAUGACCUGAACACAACCUCCCAUGAAAAACACAACUUACACUCAAACAUUGUUGACUGAGUUUAAACUAUUAGACUAUUAUAGAUUGAAUUGUCCAAAAGUACCUUUGCUUUAUUUGCUAAUAAUAAUACAUAUGUACUUUUACCAAAGCAACACAAUCAAGUAUUUUAAAUUCUGGUAUUUCAUCACCCCCUGUCCUUUAAAGACUGAAGAAAUUCCUGAAAUACGUGACUCAGCUAAAAGGUAAAAAGCAGAAUUUGGGUUAAAAAGCUGCGGGAUGAACUCGGCUACAAACUCUGAUUCCGCAAUUAAUGGAGGUUGACGGGCGGCGGCAGAGAGUGGUUUAUCUGGGCUGGGGGAUUUGGAUGGUAUUAGUGUAAUCUUUGUCUCGGUGACCAACAGGUCUUAUCAUCUAUCUGAUACAUCUCCCGCCCCUCAUCCUACAGAUGAGAAUAAAUAAUGGCACAUCUGGGCCGCAGCUCGCUUCUGGGAUCUGUCAGAGAGUAACGUGAAACACAACUUCCCACACAGUACUCAUUAAAUACAUAAGAAUGUUUGUUAGUCUAAAUCAGAAAGAAUAAUAACAUACAGUAUAAUAUAAGUAUAUUAGAUUCAUGGGAAUCAUCUCUUUUAUGUGCCAUUAUCAAACAGAUCGCCAUGACAAAGCACUUAGUGUUGGAGUACAGGGCUGCAAUAAAAAGUCAUUGUUCAUCACAACUGUUCCUCAUUAAAUAUUUAACAUUUGUAUGAUGUUAUCAAUACGAUGCAGAUGACGACAUGUUGCGCACAAAUAUAAAAAAUUAAAAAAAAAAGAUUUUAAACAUUCAGUUUUUGUAUUUUUUGACAUUUGUUGAAAGAAUUUUUCCCUUAAUUUAAAAACCUGUCUUUCCACAGACACCCGCCCUGAUCGAAACAAUAUGACGCAGAGAAAAAGUCACUGUGAUUAAAUAUGUAAAUCUAUAAAUAAACCUGGGAACAGUCUGGAGAUAAACACCCUCUGCCUGCAAUCAAUCAAAUCUGUCCAGACCCUCUAAUUCUCAGAUCUGUGGCCCAGUUUGGCUCCAAUCUCUUAAAGCUCCCCUCGGCCCUCAUGACCCCCUCCCACAUCACAACCACAGCGCCGCAUAGUGAAUAAUUGACGAGCUCCCCCUCCCCUCUCCUCCCCUCUCCUCCCCUCUGUGUCUCUUUCCAUCACUCUGUCUUUGUGGUGUCGCUCAUCGGGUUUUCCAGGCACUGACGACCUGCCCUCCCUCGCCUCCAUCAUGUCCAGUUUCCACCUGCUGCCGGCUGCAUGCUGACGACAGCCAGCAGGUAAACAGACUGAAGCAGAGGAGCAGCUGGUGUAAGCUGUUGGAGUCAUGAAGGAGUUCAUCUUUCUCCUGCUGGUGGUGAUGGAGGCGUCCUCCAGGUUUCACGACUGUCGAGGAGAUCUCAAGUUCACCAUCUGCUCUCUGGCUCUCUUCACUCAGCUGCCCAGCAGAGUGGCGCCCAGCACCGAGCUGCUCGACCUGUCCGACAACCACAUCUCCGUCAUCCCCAAACACUCCUUCAUCAAGAACCGCAGACUCAGAGUCCUGUUGCUGCAGAACAACAACAUCAGCGUGGUGGAGGACGGCGCUUUCUCUCAGCUGGAGUUCUUGCAGAAACUGGACCUGAGCUGGAACCAGAUCUCCACCCUGACUGAGGGUUUCUCCAUCGGCCUGGCUUUGCUGCGGGAGCUGACGCUCGCCCACAACCGCCUGACUAGCCUGGACAGCCUGAGCUUCGUGCACCUGGACGGCCUGCAGAGGUUAAACCUGACCAGCAACGCCAUCUCCACCAUCCAGGUGAGGUCAUUCUCCUCCAUGAGCACGCUGCGGCAGCUCCACCUGGAGGACAACCAGCUGACAUUUCUGCGGAGCGGCAUCUUCUCCAUGCUGCGCUCCCUGGAGGUCCUCAACCUGGCCGGAAAUCAGAUCAGCGAGAUGGAAGAGUCUGUCUUCAAGCCGCUCGUCAGCAUGACUCUGCUCAACCUGGCCGACAACCAGCUGGCCACCAUCUCCUUCAAGACGUUCCAGAACAUCCACACCUACAGCACCCACAUCCUGCUGGAGGGGAACCUGUGGAACUGCGACUGCGACCUGCAGAGACUCUUCCGGAAGCUGCGCAGCAUCCAGAGGCUCUUCCUGGACGACUACUACAACCUCACCUGCAAGGCGCCGCCCGUCCUCCGGGACUACCGGCUGAUGGAGGUGGACACGGAGCUGUGCAUCGCCGAGACGGUCACCGUGCUCAUCAUCACCGCCACCGUGGUGAUCACCGUGCUGGCCGCCAUGUUGAUGGGCGAGAGGAAGAGGAAGAAGAAGAAGAAGGGGAAGCACUGGACGCAGCAGGGAGAGCUUUCAGAUGAGUCGGACUACUGAAACACAUCCUCCUCUUCCUCCUCUGAAACGUAUCACACUUUCUUUCUGUCCUUUUUAUUCUCCUUAUUUUCAGGAACUCGGUUGUUACUUAAUUCCCACUCGAACAUCUGCGCGCCUGGAAAGAGAUUUGGGAUUCUGCCGUUCAUUUUGUCGGAUUUCCACUGGAAGGAUUUCCCAUCUGCUUCGCACCAAACAGCCUCGAAAAGCUUUCUGUAAAACACAACAUCUGCUUCAUGAUAAACACAUUUAGAUUUUUGGAAUUGCAUCACAUUUGUCAAGAUUUAAUCCCCUAAUUUUACUCGUACAUGAAUAAAAAAGGUUUAUUUUCUCAUCUAAAACAUUUGGACGGCAAAAAUUAUUUUAAUGAGUGGAUGAGAUGAAGUUGAAGCAGUGGUUGUGGGUUGUUAAUGUUCCUCUAAACAUGGAAAAGCAUUAAAUGGGAUGUUGUGACAUUCAA